UUCAGUUAAAGAGAGAAAAAGAACUGAGCAAUUUCCUAAAACCCUUCUCUCUCUCUCUCUCUCUAUCUCUCUAAUCUCUCCGUCUCUGCUACACGCCUCGAGUUCUUUGGUGUUGUCCUCGAGGUUGUUCGCUUGACAGUUAUUGUCGCUUGCGGCAGGGAGUCCUAACAACACCUUCAAGGGCCAAUAGGGAGGAAAAGAUCAAAAUGCAGCAGAGGAGGCCUUCGACGGGUCGGCCAAGUGGGACGGAUGGCUCGGAUUUCUCCUUCCGCAUGGUUGUUGACUCCCGGUAUCAGAAAGUAGCCCAAGGCAGGUCUUGCUUACGAGCAUUGAUCUCAAUUCAGGCUGUUAUUCAACUAAUGGGAGCAGUGCAUCUAGUUCUAUCAAUUUCAAAAGGGAAUAUCAUAAGUCCGCUUGCUGUAUCAUCUCUUGCUACAGCGUUCCUGUCACUUAUUGCUGGUGAAUUAGGUCAAAGACGAAGUCGAGUGAAUUUUUUACGAUUUUACAUAUUUGCAGCGGCUGCAUCAAUACUUCUAUCGAUUGCUUGUCUUUCUAAGGUUGAUUUAAGAUUGGAGGACAUCCUUAAUGUUCAUCUCAUGGAAGCAAAGAAGUUCAAAAUUCUUGAGGCGGGACGUAUUCUUUUCGGAUUGUUGGUGCAGAUUUUUGCUGUCAAAACAACGGGAUCGCUCAUUAGCAACAUGUCCCCACCCAAGAGAACUUCCUGAGGGUGUCUUUUGGUUUCAAUGUACUAACCAUUUUCAAUUAAACUAGCAAGUUAGUUUCCCCUGCGCGCAUGUGAAAUAUGUGCCAAAUAGCACGAUGUCCAAAUUCAUGGUUCGUUAGGCGCUACAAAAGAUGAGAACCCAGCGCUUUCCUUUUCUGAGCAGGCUGUAGAAUUGGCUUUGGGAUGAUGCUCUUUCAUUUGAAAGUUUCAGAGUACAGUGUUUACCUGUCAGUGUUAAUUGGAGGACCCUUGGUUGUGAAAGACGACAGUUUUGUUUUAAGCGAUUUUGGCCGUCACAGGCUUGUUUCUUGA